AUGUCAUUUGCGGCGUGUCACCAGCACCUCACCGAGCUCAAGGCGCUCAUAUCGUCGCUAGACGAUGUGCUGCUGCCGCCGACGCCGAGAAUCAAGUGGCUUUGUGACUCGUUGCGCUCGAUUAUGACCACUUAUGGCGCGGUGAUCACCGACCACGAUAUCGCCCACCGCCUCGGCAUCGACACCGAAGCGCUCCAAAAGCAACUGGACGCGACGGUCUCCGACGCCGAGGUGGAGAUAUCGCAGGCAGUGGUCGUCAACCAGCCGUCCCAGGCGUCGACGGCGUUUGCCAACAUGCGCAAAGCUGUCGAGGUCCAAUUCAUCCAGGCAAAGCUCCAGCCGGCGUUGCAGACAUUGCUGCUGUAUUUGAGCGCCUUCCAGUUCCGCCAGCAGUUGGAUGCUCUGCGUCCUCAACCGUAUAUGGAGUACAAUUACCUCAAGUUCUUGGUGACGUUAUACCAGGUAUUGUGGCAAGACGACAUCCUGGGCGAUGUCCGGGUGCUUGAGCUGAUCUUGACCAAGGUGAACUUUUACUAUCUGAAGAACUCGGUGGCAUUAAUCGACUUCCCCGAAGAAGUGGCGUACUAUAAUCAAAUCAAAGUAUUAAACUUAUUUGUCAAAGCUAAACUUGGACAAAUUCCUGAGUUCCUUGAAGGGUUUGAAACUCAUUUGGCCGAUGCCAUCACUGACCCGGACUUGGUCAACAUCUAUAUGGUGUUUUGUGUGCUUACUAUGCUGUUCAACCAACUCACCUACGCCGAAAGUGAUCAUUUUGAGACUUUGUCUUCCACCCAGUUAUACCAAAAAAUCCUCGAUCCUUUAGCCAAAGCAAAGCUUGCUCAAGUUUCAGGCGUACUUGCGCUGGCGUCAUUUCAACAGUGGUAUCACACCAUCAUUGCCCCUUAUGUGAACAUCACUUUUGAAUACUUCCACUCCACCAUCAUCCUUAAAAUGUUCGUGUUGAUCAUGAAUAUGACGGCUCGAAUCUCGCGCCAGCAAUUGGAGGAGCUCUUAGGAGCCCCGAGGAUUGGCGAGCUUUUGAUCCAAGUACUCGGCGUGGUACAACUCAGAGGUGUUGCUUACGAUUGCGAGACGGAUUGCUUUGUCACGAGCACACCUGAGUCCUCUACCGAACAAUUACAAGAGAGCGUUGCCCUGGUGGCGGCGACCAUGCUGGGUGAGGCUGAAGCGAUGAUGAUGAAAGCGUUAUUAGUUAGUCGGGCUAUGGAAUAG